AAAUCAAGCACUGUGGAACAAAUUGUUCAGCAAGCACGAAUAGUCGAUCAGAUGCGUGGUGAUAUUCGAUUAAGCCAGCUAGAAUUUCUUGAAAAAAGUACUGCACUUUUUUUAAUAAAUUUAUUUACGAAUGUACACUCGAACCUUGGGAAAUCGAAGGCUAUUUCGUCAGAGGUACGUUCAAAAUCCAAAUUAUAUGAACUUCCAACGCUGGAAACUAAAGCUGAAGUUAAGAUAUUGCCGAUGGCUUGGAGUAUGGCAUUUCCUCCUCGAGAAGAUAGAUACUGCGAUUUAGAAAGUUGUAUAAAUUCUUCCGAGCUAGAGAGUCAAUGUCAAUAUUGUGCCGAUUAUCUUGUAAGUGGAAUUGAAGAGAACUGUAAAGCAUUUCAAAAAGCUCUGGAUUCAUUUGAUAGAAUUGUUACAGAUGAGUGUGUAAAUGAAUCGGAUAUUGUUGAAACUAGUGAUGAUACUAAUAUCAGCAUCGAAGACUUUUCUUUGGAUAAUAAUAUAGAUUUACUUAUCGAAAGAGCAAUAAGUACUUUAGCAAACGUAUAA